UCUCUCCGGUCCGUGCCUCCAAAAUGACAAAGAAAAGAAGGAACAAUGGUCGUGCCAAAAAGGGCCGCGGCCACGUGCAGCCUAUUCGCUGCACUAACUGUGCCCGAUGCGUGCCCACGGACAAGGCCAUUAAGAAAUUCGUCAUUCGAAACACAGUGGAGGCCGCAGCAGUCAGGGACAUUUCUGAAGCGAGCGUCUUCGAUGCCUAUGUGCUUCCCAAGCUGUAUGCGAAGCUACAUUACUGUGUGAGCUGUGCAAUUCACAGCAAAGUAGUCAGGAAUCGAUCUCGUGAAGCCCGCAAGGACCGAACACCCCCACCCCGAUUUAGACCUGCAGGUGCUGCCCCACGUCCCCCACCAAAGCCCAUGUAAGGAGCUGAGUUCUUAAAGAUUGAAGACAGACUAUUCUCUGGAGAAAAAUAAAAUGGAAAUUGUACUUAAAAAAAA